AUGUGGCAUUCUCGGUCCAUGUUGUGUUUUUCUUUGCUCCUCUGCGGACUCCUUGGGGAAUGCUUUGGAAUUGCUCUUGUGCCCAAGGAUAAACGUGGAUGGACCCUGAACAGCGCUGGAUACUUGCUGGGACCUCCUUUUUCUUCCCUUCCCAUUCCCAAAGCAGAUGCCCACCAGACGCUGGCAGAUAAAGGAGGCCUAGCUGGUAAGCGAGAAGCUUUGGAGGACUUGUAUUCGUUAGGGCAGGAAUCCUUUGCCGCAGCUCCUGUUCGCCCGGUUGAGGAACGCACCCUCCAAACCCUGAUGGAUUUCCUGUCAUUCCUCCAUCUCCGGGAGGAAGGAGCUGUUUCGCGCUUGCCUCUCCCCCUGGUGGAAGAACCCAUCCAACAGUAG